AUCGUCAAGAGCGGAGUGAUGGGCAGUGUGGCCAAUGCUUGUAGGAUGGUGGGUGUAUUUUAAUUUUCACGGAGCACUAAUGCUGAAGUCACAGGAACGAUGCGCCUACUCGCCAUCGUGAUCCUCCUGUUCUCCGCCACGGCGGCCACGGACGACGACGACGAGGAUGACAUCGUCGACCUGUACGCAAAGGACGACGCCGUCGUGCACAUGGACCACACCAACUUCGACAGCCUGCUGUACGGCAAGCAGCACGUCUGGGUGGUGGAGUUCUACAACAGCUGGUGCGGCCACUGCCAGCUGUACGCGCCCACCUGGCACCGCGUGGCCCAGCAGACGGCCAAAUGGGACCGCGUGGUGAAAGUAGGAGCCAUCAACUGCGCGCGUUCUGAGAACCUGGCCCUCUGUCGGAACUUCGAUAUCGGAGGCUACCCCUGGAUCAAAAUGUUUAAGCCUCUAGCGAAGGAAGGUGAUAUUGGCAAGAUGAAGAAGCACAAACCCCUGGAGGAGAUGCUGGACGUGAUCGUUGACUAUGUGACUGAAGUGCAAAGUGCUAGUCAUCCUCCGCUCUGGCCCAACCUGGCGCCUUUCCAGGGCUCACUCUCGGACAUCAUCGGCUCGCCGCAGCCAGUGCACGCGAUCGUGCUGGACAAAUCCGCCGAGAGCCACGUCGGCCGCCAGCUGAUCCUCGACCUGAGCAGCCAGGAGCAGCGGCUAAAGCUGGUGCGCGUGCUUCAGCCGCCAGCUGGCUUGACGCUGAAAGAGACGGCGCGCCCUCUGCUGGUGACUUACCGGCGAGGCGCGCGCGAAGUGCUCGCCUCGCAUGACGGCCUGCCGCCGCGCCGCGUGUUCGGCGACGCGCUGCGCCGCAUGCUCGGCCUGGCCGCCGAGGAGGUGCCGGCCAACGGCACCGUGUCCACCGCCGACCCGGUGGGUCGGCCGGCGCCGCUCGCCGCCGACGACGGCGUCUUCAUGGUCGACCUGGAGAACACCGUCGGCUACGCGCUGCAGCAUGAGGUUGUGGGCCGCAAGCUGAUCGCCGGCGAGCAGUUGGCGGCGUUACGCGAGUUCGUGCAGCUGCUGGUGACGCACCUGCCCGGCCGGCGGUCGGUGAUGCAGGCUCUGACGGGCGUCAGCGCCCUGCUGAAGGGCCGCCAGCAGAUCAGCGGCGAGGACCUGCAGCAACAUUUGGCGGCGGCCGAGCACCGGCUGCCGGCGCACCGGCCGUGGCGCGGCUGCCGCGGCUCGCAGCCCCAGUUCCGCGGCUACCCGUGCGGUCUCUGGUCGCUGUUCCACACGCUGACGGUGCAUGCGCACCAGCAGGACCCGGCCGCCGCCAGCGUACUGCCCGCCAUACACGGCUACGUCAAGCACUUCUUCAGCUGCGCUCACUGCUCGCAGCACUUCCAGGAGAUGGCCGCGCACGACGGCCUGUUUAAUGUGACGCGCGCCGACCGCGCGGCCGUCUGGCUGUGGACGGCGCACAACAAGGUCAACAAGCGACUGGCCGGCGACGCCACCGAAGACCCUCGCCACCCGAAGUUGCAGUUCCCGACCAGGAAGCAGUGCCAGGCCUGCUUCAGCGGCGACGAGUACUAUCCGGCCAUCGUGCUCUCCUUCCUCGGCAGCUUCUACGGCCAGGACGUGAUCCAGCUGGACGGGCUGUCGACGAACGCGCCGGUGGCGGCGUCGGCGUCGGCGGACGCCGCGGCAGCACGGCCGCCGGACGCCGUCGUGGAGGAGAAGAGCCGGAACCGAGUGGAGGCGGUGGCCCGCCGCGUGCAUCAGAGUCGGCUGGCGGGCCUGCGCAUCGUGCCGGCGCCACCCGGCCAGAUCACCAGCGGCGACGUCAACCUCUGUGUCAUGCUCUGGACCUUCAGCUUCCUUACACUUGUCCUUGCCUUCUUCCUGUUUAGGAUGAAGAGGCGGUACAAGCGCAAAUAUUCCAACGCCUACGGGCCGUUUUCGUAACGCAGCCGGUUAGGAGUUUGUUUUUGUGUGGAGCAGUUGUAUUUAAUAGGGUAAUGACUCGACCAGAGUGGGGCGUGGUCUUACCUGAUGACCAGAUGCCAUAAAAGGUGUUAUGCUUGCGUGGGUUGGUGCUCCGUUUCCAUCUAUUUUUAUACUGUUGGUGCGAACGCCUCCCAACGAUCGCCUUUCAUUGCCAGUCAGACGUCUGGGUGGCAUCCAAACACUCUGUGGGUGGAGCGCGCCCCGCCCACACCAUCCGUCGACACAGAGCCACGCCUCCCACAGUCCUGCACCGUCCGCCCCUACCCGGCCUGGCUGCGGACCAGGCCAGUCUUGUCGGAGUGCUAUCUAGCUCGCCAAGGUCGGUCCCAUACUGGGUACUGCUGGACUUGUGUUAGUGCUCGGAAGACUCGCGUUUACGGCAUGUUUUGGUGGCAGUGGCUGUGAGGCAGCUAUGCUCGGUGCAAGGCCGACCGGGCAGAUGGCAACAUGCACAUUCCGUCAGAUCUGAGCGGCUGACCCUGCUGAUCUAAGCCAGAUUGCGUGUGGCAAUUAUUUGUGGUGAGUUUCUGUCUAAACAACUCAUUUCGCCCGUGUAUGUAGUUAUGCACAGGCCAGGCAUUAUCAAAUAUUGUUGAGGAGGCGUUGCUGUUCGUAAAUUUUCUAUUUUGCAAGCAUUGAGGUGGUUGGCUGGAUGAAUUGUGAUGAACCAGAAAGACUUCACCUUGCUGUACUGCCGUUGUUGGUAGAUUAUGGAUUGCUGCGUUGGGAGGUGCAGCCGAGGGUAUUCUGUUUUGCCCUGGGCUGCUCCCAGGUCCUUGAUGCAGCUCUGGAUUGUCUCUGUUAUAAGUACAGGUAAAGUUUGUGAUAUUAAAUGAUCGGUGUUGGACUUCGUUGGAUAGUUUUAUUGUGCAGCUUGGAGGACGAGCUGUGCAUACAUUUUCUGUCGGUGGUUUUAUCUUUUGGGGCACACGUCAGUUGUUUCCUAUGGCGCUAUCCUAAUAAAUGAAUUGCCGUGACCUGA